ACUUCCGCCGCACGGUAAACGUUGUCGCGUCCUGUGGGCAGGAGCCAUUACGGAUCAUUGGACCCGCACCUUAAAAGUCUUAUUUAAAUUUUAUUGCACACUUUGUCUGUGCAGAAAGAGACAGAGAACACAGAGGGGCUGUGUAUAUUGGCUUCACUUUUCUGGCCAUAUGCGGAGUCCAUGUAUACUACGUCCAUGGAUGCGACACGCGAUAUAUGACACGCGAUAUCCAAUGAGCGUACAGCAUUUCUGAAAUACCAGUACGCUCAUUGGAUAUCGCUCAUCGCAUAUUGCGUGUCGCGUCGUAAAUCGCGCUGGCUGCGAAGGCCAUAACCAAUGUAAAGUAGCACACGGUGCUUGUUUUCGUGCUGGGCUGCGUUCCGAAAUAAUAAGUGAAAUAAGAAUCGAGACGCAAUUAGGCAGAGUCGUACGUUUCUGAUCGCGGCUCGAUCGCUCGGAAACGUGCACUCUUCGUUAACGACGGAGCGAGUAGUUACUGACUACAGUUCCUCACAGACAAGAGUUUAGCGUUAUGAAAAGCGAAGAAAUAUAUAUAUGUGGAUCUUCUAACGUCGAUAGCAUCACAUCUUGAUAAUUUUUUUUAAUAAAUCUUGAUAACUUUACAUAUAAAGAUGGAUAUGUCAGCCGAAAUUACAGAAGAGAGCAGCGAGAAACCAGUACAAACCAGUCCUCUGGUACAAGUGGUACGAGUCCCAGUGAAGCAUACUAAUUUAGGAAUACGUAGUCAUGCCAUGGAUAUGAGCACAAUGGUAGAACUCACAUCAUUUAGUACACUCGGAAAGAUACAGCCAUUUUUGGUGACUGUCACAAGUACUGCAGCCCUAUUAGUGGAUUUACAUUGUCACUUAACAGACAAGGAAGUUUGUGGUUACUUAGGUGGACACUGGGAUAUAAAUUCACAUAAUCUAUCCAUAACAUGUGCAUUUCCAUGCCGCUAUUCCGGCAAGGAUAAAUCAGCUGCAGCAGCUGUGGAAACUGAAAUUGCAAAAGCCAUGGAAUGGAAACAUGUUACACUGGUAGGUUGGUAUCAUUCUCAUCCGCGCUCUCACGCAUCACCCUCCCUGAGAGAUGUGGACUCUCAAUUAGACUAUCAAAUUAAAAUGAAAGGACUUAGUGACAACGGAUAUAUACCUUGCGUCGGAUUAAUUUGCUCUCCGUACAACAUGGAUGGCAACUGUUACGAGUCAAAUUUUAAUGUUUUUUGGUCUUUGCCUCCACCUGAAAACAGACCACAUGAAUAUCCUCGACCCAUGCUUCUUAGUUACACGUUAUCGCAGGAGCAUUUUCUUUCUCAAGAUACGUUGGAAGAAAUUAGGAGAUGUAUAGAAUAUUAUAAAAGUGAAGGUGGUAUCGACUUUACUGCCAAUUUUAACAACAAUACAACUUACCUCGAACGCUUAAGAUGUUCCUUAGCAUCGAAAUUGCCCGGUAGAAACCGAUCAAACGGCUCGUACUGGGAUGUCAUCAGGGAAAUGAUUUGUCCAGGCUCUGAAGAUGGUACACCCGAGUUUUUGGCCAUGAAGUUCCCUUUAGUACCUACCUCGGAAUCGCUCGUACCUCCUGUUCCACCGGGUGUCAGUCUUACUGCCGGUAAUGCGGCUGUUUUUCUCACCCCAGUCAACUUUAAACCCGAUAGCGCCAUAAUCACUCCCACGUCCAAGCCGUUUGUACUGCAGCCGUCAACUUCCCGAGACGGCAUCAAAAAGGAUAACAGUAUCGGUUCCAAUGACACUGCGUCUAUCACUCAGAUCAAGGACGGCAAUACUGCAAGUUCCAAGCAUAUGUCGUCGGAUAUUAUACCGAGCUUUCAUUCCGGUGAACUUACGGUAUCCGUGAAAAAUACGAAAUGCGACUACGAUUUCGCACCGGCGGACUUUUCUAAGAUCCCGAACUCUUUGGCGCCUGGCGACAGUAACAUUGCUACCAAAGCUCGAACAUCGGCAAACUCGGACUUUCCAUUAGCGGACAUCACUCAACAGAUUACCAAAUUUUCCGAUUUGACAAAGCUGACCAACUUCUCUACCGCCGACUUGGCCAAGUUAUCCGGCUUCUCCAUCACAGAUUUUACGCGAACUUCUUCACCGUCGCCAUCUACGUAUAUGCGUAACAUUGCGAAUCUAUUCGGUCCUCUCGGAAAAAUUUCACCAGUAAAGGAUGCGGAAGGUAAUGAACACAAACCAGGCGAUUUUGUCUCCGUCGAUGCGCUUCCGCCGUCCUUCAAAGCUGUCGGUACCUCGGAGCUUUGCCGCAACUUUUCCGCGAGUGUUGAGGAUUACACGAGCGAUCGGAAGAAACUUGACGCACAGGCGGAUCCUGCUAAGAUUAGUCGCAUGAGCGAUUAUCAAGGAACGGAAGAUUUGACAAUCUCGAGUGUCAAACCCUCCGACUUUGGUGGUAUGCUAGACAUAACUACGGUGCAUAAGAAACAGCAACCUUCGCAAUCUGCUGACUUGGGAGAUUCUUUGAAUCUUGCCAAAGAUCGUUAAAUUCGUCCGAAAUUAUUACGGUAUAUGAUUUACGUUCCAAUACUUCCUGCCAGGAUAUCGAAAAUCUACCUGCAAUAUACGUAACAUGAUUUAUAAAUUUUCAGUACUGUGACACUGAUUAUUAAGAUUAAUUAUGAUUAUAUCUCGAAACCUUCCAUUAACUGCAUUCGGCAGAACAAAACAGCUUUGCAAGUGAAAUUCGUGAAUCUGUGAUUAAGAUCUUAAUCUCAGACUGAAUUUAAGAGUAUAUAUAUUCUAAUCGAAUUUUAGAAUUUUACAACAGUUGCGAAGGAGCUUUCUUUGCUGAUCGCAGCUAUUGUAUCGGCAAAUGUUGUGCCGUUUAAAUUAAUAAUGCUUGCAUUCGAAAAGUCAGGUUUGUUUGCCAUUCCAUGUUGGCCGAAUAUAAUUGAUAGGUAUAAUAUAAUUUUAGCGUAAAUAUUGUAAAAUUAUAAUUUGACAAUCUUUUCAACAAACUUAUACUCGAUAAAAUUGUACCUUCUUUUUAUUGUGUGUUUAAACAUUUAUCAUCCUUAUACAUUUAUUAUACUUAUAUCCAUUAUAUUGUUAAUCGAAUGAAAAUAUAUGACAUUAAUGUGUU